AUUCUCGCUUCAGCCAGGAAGGGUCGCGAACGAUUUUUUGGUGCAAAUUUUCUUCGAUUUUCUCCGUUGGAAAGGUGGAAAUUUAGUGCCCAAAAGCACACCGGAAGUGAACUGCAUUCGCUCGCAGUGAAUGUGACGGUAGUUGCCGGUUAGCUGGUCGUAAAUUUGCCUGUUGGAUUUUUGCUGCUGGCGCGUUGAGUCAAGCGCCUUGCACACAGAAGUUUCGCGGCGUAAGGGGUUUUUCGAUCUCUGGAAGCGAAGAACACUCGACGAGGCGGCGACGGGGAAUAUCAAUCCAAGAUGGUGAAGAGGAAAACUCAACCAAUAAUCGAUUCGGAAAGCAGCAGCGAUUCCGGGUCCGGUUCGGAUCUUGAUUCGGAGCUGCUGUCGUUGGCCAAGAAAAAGAAAACCGCCAGGCUGGCAUCGAACUCUCCGGGAGGGAAGUCUUCCGAUUCCGACUCGGAGGAUGACUCGGAACCAGAGGCAGCGGUGCAGCGCAAAAAACGAGGGGCGAAGCCCGCUUCCUCUUCGGAAUCCGAAGAUGAGGAUGAGGCCGAGGAGGAGGAGGAAGAAGAAGAGGAUGAGCCGGAAGAGGAGGUCAAACCAGCGGCCAAAAGUGGCGUAAAGCGUAAACAACCAGAAGAGGAGCAGGAAGAGCAAAAAGGUGAAUCGGAGCCGGAGGAAGGCCAGGUUUCGUCGGAAGAGGAGUCUGGUUCCGGUUCCGGUGAUGACAGUGAUGACGAAAGUGGCAGCAGCAGUAGCAGCGAUUCCGAAUUCAAUGACGGGUAUGAUGACGAGAUGAUGGGAGACGAGGAAGAUCGGGCCAGAUUGAAUGCCUUGUCGGAGAAAGAACGUGAAACGGAGAUUUUCAAACGUAUCGAACGGCGCGAUGUCAUGAAGACCCGCUGGGAGAUUGAACGUAAAUUGAAGCUGGCCAAGAAGGCAGAACGCGCCAAGGACAAGGAAUCACAGCCUCCGAAGAAGAAAAAGAAGAAGGACAAAAUGAAGAAACUGGCCCAGCAGAAGGAGCAAGAGGAGAAGAAAAAGAUAGCUAAGGCUCCGUCUCCUGAACCGAAGGCGCCGUCUCCACCUCCGCCAGUGCAGCAGGAAGAACCUUCCGAGGGAGAGGCCAGUGACAGUUCUCAUCAUUCUUCGCCGGAGAAAUCCAAAGAUGCCGAAUCAGCUUCCGGUGCUUCGGAUUAUUUCGAUCCGAAAGAACGUUCCAAGGAGCGAAAGAAGAAUGUCGAAGCCAACCGGACCGACGACAAACGAAGCAAUGCCAUGGCCAUGUUGAAAGCAAAACGAGAAGGCAAAGCCAAGCGUGAGGAGGAAGAAGCGAAAAAGGAAGCUCAACGCAAGGCUGAAACCGAGGACAAGGACGAUCUGGAAGAUGUCCCUGGUGGCAAAUCUAAGAAGCUCAAAGCAUCGGACAUCUACUCGGAUGACUCCGGAAGCGAUAGUGAAGACGAGAAAAAGUCCGACCGUCGAUCGCGGUCUGGUUCCAGCAGCGGAAGCGGUAGCGAUAGCCGAUCCUCUUCCGACGAAGAAACGUGGGACAAAGAAAAGGACUCCAAGGAGAAGAAACCUUCGUCGAGUUCGUCCAGCUCUAGCAAAAAACCUGCCGCCAUUAGCAAUAAGGAGGAACUCAACAAACUACGAAUCUCGCGACACAAGAUAGAACGCUUCAUUGCCCUUCCGAUGUUUGACCAGAUCGUGCUGAACUGUUUCGUUCGGAUCAACAUCGGAAACAACAACGGAAGGCCGGUCUAUCGGGUGGCGGAGAUCGUCGGAGUCGUGGAGACGGCCAAAAUCUAUCAAUUCGGCAAGUGCCGCACCAACAAAGGGUUCCGGCUGAAGCAUGGCAGUCAGGAGCGGGUUUUCCGCCUGGAAUUUAUCUCGAAUCAGGACUUUACGGACAGCGAGUAUCAGAAGUGGUUGACCGUUUGCGAGGCCACCGGAAUGGCGCUGCUCAGCAUCAAUAUAUGA